UCCCGCUGUGUUAUGCCUACCCCCUAGAAGGGUCGUGUACGUCAAAGUACCCGGAUUCGUCGGUCUGGUCUAUUAUGUGAACGUCAUUGGUGCUCCGGCAACCUCCCUAGUCCCUUCGUGAUUACGCUAGCACCCGAGGGAGGCUUGCUGGAUGUCCAGACUGUACACUGAGAAGACCGACGUCGAGCAGGAGCCGAUACCUUUUGAAUGAUAAGAAUGUGGAAGUGCUGACCCUACAAUGGGUGAGUGCCACCGUGCGGUGAUCUGACGACAGACACGGACCCUCCUCUCUCAGCAUGGCUGUGACGGUGAACAUUGCUGCGGAGGCAGAGAAGGCCCAGGCCCUGCUGCAGACCUUCAGCACCGCCUCGGUGGUGGCCAGCACUGGCCUGGGCGUCUUCUGCUUCUUGGUGGACCGCUUCCUGCAGCUCUCCUUCCUCCAGAGCCAGGUUUGGCUGAGGGCUGGGGCGGACAGUGCUGUCCACGGCGCCAUCGGGCUGUGGUCCUGGGCCAUCGUCAUCGGGCUGAGGAAGAAGAGCGACCUGUGGGAAGUGGCGCUGGCUGGGCUCCUCGCCACAGUCAUCGACCUGGACCACUUCUACCUGGCCGGCUCGCUGUCACUCAAAGCGGCUCUGAAUCUGCCCCACCGGCCACCCCUGCAUUGCUCCACCCUAAUACCCGCCUUCUGCCUGUCCCUGAGGCUGCUGAUGUGGGCCUGCCGGCUGAAGGACUCCUGGUGCUUCCUGCCCUGGAUGGUCUUCAUCUCGGUGGCCUCUCACCACGUGCGGGACGGGGUGAGGCACGGCCUCUGGGUCUGCCCCUUUGGGAACACUGCUCCUGUGCCAUACUGGCUGUAUGUGGCCAUCACUGCCACCCUUCCCCACCUCUGCUCUGUGCUCAUGUACCUAACGGGCACCAGAGACAUGAUCUCCACCAAACACGGCAUCGCCAUCGAUGUCUGACGCCAUCCCUAUCUGACUGGUUGCCGGGGUGAUGUCUCAUAUGUUUGCCUCUGUUGAUGUCUAAUGCCUGUCCCCAGUUCUUCCCCAGGAAACCUUUCCUAGUUCCCCAUGGCUGAUAUUCCCUCCCCAGAAAACCUUUCCUAGUUCCCCAUGCCUGAUUUUCCCUCCCCAUAAAACCUUUCCUAGUUCCCCAUGGCUGAUAUUCCCUCCCCAGAAAACCUUUCCUGGUUCUCCAUGCCUGAUAUUCCCUCCCCAGAGAAUCUUUCCUAGUUCUCCAUGCCUGAUAUUCCCUCCCCAGAAAACCUUUCCUGGUUCUCCUUGCCUGAUUUUCCCUCCUGAAAAAACCUUUCCUGGUUCUCCUUGCCUGAUAUUCCCUCCCCAGAAAACCUUUCCUGGUUCUCCAUGCCUGAUGGUCCCUCCCCAGUUCUUGGAAUUGCAUAGCUUCUUUGUGAAUACAUUUAUAGUACCCUUUCUUUUAAUGUCACUCUGAAUGUUCCAGUUUCAGGUCAUAACUUGGGACCUGUAUGUUUCUGUCUGAUAUCGGAACACAUUUCAUGAGAAUCUUUUGCUUUCUGUGUGAUCUUAAAAAGCUCAAAGGGUCUUUUUAUAUGGGUUUGAGCGAUAUACAGAAUUAUUGGCACCCUUGAUAAAAAUGAAGAAGAAAGGCUGCAUUUAAUGAACAACACAGAUAAUAAUCUAUAUCAGGGGUUCCCAAUUCAUUUUCUGUCUGGUCCACUUUCUAGGAUUCAAGUGACUUGGUGGGCCAACACCGACCCCCUCACCCCUCCCUCAUUCAAAAUGCAGACAUGAUAGGCUACAUGAGUAGGGCGGAGUUCAUUUUGAACAAUUUGUCAAUUCUUUCCAGUUGCAUGAACACAUUCCUUUCAAGUACAAAUGUGACAUUCAAUAACCAUUUUAUACUGUAUUUUUAUACAAAGGAGCAUCAACUUUGCACAAUUAUAGUGUACUGCUGGACACAUUUCUAUGGAGGCCUAAACCUUCAUUAAAUAAACAAUAUAAUUGGCCAUGGCAGAGAAGCGCAACAGUCAUUUAACAAAAAUAAAGACAUACUUUUAUUUCAAUAGAUUUACUUUGUUUUUUUUAUUCAGUAAUCUUAUCAUUUCUGAAAAACAUAGGUGUCAAAAUUAUUGCCUACCCUAAUUAAUUACUGUAAAUAAAUUUGCAAUAUAACUAGUUCAUUUAGAGUUAAUCUCAGUCUAAAUUAACUAUAGUAUGUCAUUCCAUAUUUUGGUUCCAUCGCUAAAGUAGUAAAGCACACACUUUAUUUUCCAACAUGUGUAAAGUAUGUCAAUAUCUGUAUUAUUUUCUUGUUUACAGUAUUUUAUUUCUUACAUAUUUAUCAAGUAUCAAGUAUCAAGUCACUGUACUUCAGUAACUGUGUUCAAUAACUUUACUCAUUUCUUUUUCUUUUUUUGAGAGCAGUAACGAUCGUCGUCACCAAGUGGUGGCAUGCCUUUCUUUUAAGCUUUUAUUUAAUAAUACCUGAUGUGGUAGUCAACAUUCAAACUUAAGAGACAACGUGAAAUGCUUCCUGAAAAAGACCAAACCACACUUGGAUGUUGAUAAGGCAGCCAAUCAGCAGCAAGGUCGCACAAGGCAGCUUCCACAUGAUUGACAAACGCACAUCACAUGAUUCACAUAAGCUGUACUACCUUGUUGUAGUAAAAUGUGGUUGCUGAUUGGCUGCUUUUUGAACAUCCAAUGACAUCAGUGAUUUUUUUAUUUUUUUUUCUCUGGUAUUUCACGUUGUCUCUUAGGUUUGGAUGAUUACAACCGCAUUGGACAAGGACAAGGACAAGGACAAGACCGUAAGAUAGGCAAUACGCCACAUGGCAGCAAUGACUGUUACUGCGCUCAAAAAAUACUCAACAAUGACUAUCGCCCAGCCUUUUACAGGAGGUCAAUGCAGGGGUCCUGCCUUAUAAUGAUUGAGCCAAAAGAGGCAUCCCAUGCUAGAUUGUGUACACCCAACAUGAAUCAUGAAAACAAUGCUCUUUGCUCAUUGCUGUCUCCCUCAUCUGAUUAUCCUGCGAAAAAAGACCUCAAGUACCAUCUGAACAUUUUCUCGGCUUACAAAUUAUGACAAAUCAAACAAAAGUAAUAAAUCAUCGUUUACCUCAAUAAUGGAUAUGCCUGACUUAUACUUCUUCAUUAUACUGCUGCUAUUCUUUAAUUCAUAUUCAUUUUGAAGGGAAAUAGAGUUUGUACAAAUGAAUUUGUCUUUAUUAUCCAUAAUUUUAUUUUUAACAAGUGGAUCAGUUGUCCAUCUGUGAUAGAGUUGCAUAAAUUUGGAUCAAGGUUUUAAGCCUUAUAAAUACACUUUUGUAAGUAAACAUUUAAAAAGUAAAAGUUUUAAGCCUUAGUGUAAUACACACCUGCUCUGGGGAAAAAAACUCCUAUAAUUAAUAUCAACAAGGCAAUAUCCAACUUCAACCCCCAAGUAGUUUAUUCAUUUGAAAUGUUUUAUUUUGAUAUGAUAUAUUUUUGAUAUUGACACACUGAAUCUGUGAACUUGUAUUUUGCACAUAUUAUGUUUGCACUUCAUCUAAUAUUUAUGUAAGUUGUGUGUUUAGUUUUUUUGUUUUUUUACUACAUGUGCGUUCAUAUUGUAUCUUGUGAAGUAGUUGACAUUUAAAUUUUUAGAUAUUUAAGUGCAUUCAACUGUAAUAAAAAUACAAUUACCUUCCUGGAA